AGAAGCAACCAAAGGUUACUAACCAAACAAUAAAAACUAUGCAGACUGACAGCUGCACAAAAUUUAUUUGGUACAUUAAAAAAGGCCACAAUCUCUCGAGUGCCCUGGAGGGUGAAACUGAUAUUUCUACGGAAGCUAGUAAUUGCUCUUAUGUGUAGCAAACUUGAUGAUUUUUAAAAGAAAACCUGAAUGUCCCCAUGUGUGAUGUCUGGGAAUGCUUUACAAGCAUCACACAACCAAAUUCCACCUGCCGCUGGAGACCAGGGCCCGGCCACUCACUGCCCCUCUUGAGUGAUAGUUGUCACAGCCUGAGCAGUGUGCAUGUGAACUUUCCUUAACAGAUUGGUUUGAUUCCAGAGAAAUUUGCUGUACCUAUAAUAUUUUAUGACAGAAGUCUAGGUGCAAAUCCACUUUUGGUUUUGUUGUUCUUUGAAAUGACUGCAGAUCCUGGCCAACUUAGAGCAAGGCUUAGCUGAAGACGGAGGCAUGAGCAACGUCACGCAAGAGAGCAGGCAAGCCUCUGUUCAGCUGUGGAGGUCACGUCUGGGCCGGGUGCUGUACUCCAUGGCAAACUGCCUGCUGUUGAUGAAGGACUACGUGCUGGCCGUGGAUGCGUACCGCGAGGUCAUCAAGUACCACCCAGAGCAGGAGCCGCAGCUGCUGAGUGGCAUCGGCCGUAUUCUCCUCCAGAUUGGAGACAUCAAAACUGCUGAAAAGUACUUUCAAGAAGUUGAGAAGGUAACGCAGAAAUUGGAUGGACCACAGGGUAAAAUAAUGGUCCUGAUGAACAGAGCCUUCCUUCACCUCGGCCAGAAUAACUUUGCAGAAGCCCACAAGUUCUUCACAGAGAUUUUGAGGAUGGAUCCCACAAAUGCAGUGGCCAACAACAAUGCUGCUGUGUGCCUGCUGUACCUGGGCAAGCUGAAGGACUCUCUGCGGCAGCUGGAGGCCAUGGUGCAGCAGGACCCCAGGCACUACCUGCACGAGAGCGUGCUCUUCAACCUGACCACCAUGUACGAGCUGGAGUCCUCACGCAGCAUGCAGAAGAAGCAGAGCCUGCUCGAGGCCGUUGCCAGCAAAGAAGGGGACAGCUUCAACACGCAGUGCCUCAAGCUGGCCUAGCCUCUGCCAGGACACUGUGCUGUGGCCUGGAACAUCAGGUCUUUGUAUCCUGUGGACAUUGGAGCAAAUAUGUUACAGCCACUGGCAGAAUCAAUAAAAGCCUGUUGCCCUGGUGUCUGGGAGCACAUCUUAGCUGGGGCCAUGCUCGGGAUAAGACUUGCUUGCCUGCUGUGUGUCCCUGCAGCGAGCACUGCCUUUGCUGAAUACAAGGGGGACUGCUGUUAGGAUGGCAUUCACAGACAGGAACCCACAGGGUGUAUCGGUCCCUUGAGUUUAUUCCUGGAAGCUAACCUGCUUCAUUUACUAAUUCUGAAUGUCCGCACAGAAACACUGGUACAUGUGAUAUCAACUAUUCUCACUGUAGGCCUGAAUGUUCUAGACAAUUUAUAAAUCACAGGAAAAAAACACUAGACACAGAUUGUUGUUGGUCCUUUUUUCCUCCACACCCAAAACUGAACACAUCACUUUCCUUACCUGAGUUCUUUCCACCCUGGGCAGCCUGGGGAUGGUUGGAGGAGCUUUUGGGGAGUCAGGAGGACAGACCAAGGUUGAUACUAAGAGCACAAGCUGGUGUGGGGGGUUGUGACUCUGGCCCACAUGUGUAGUAGUUGUGUAUCCUUAAUGCCUAAAGUCAGGACACUUGCUUAUUAGUCACACAGUUAUUCUCACUUUGGAAAAUAUAAAGCACCUGAAAGCAGCUUCCUUUAAAUCAGCUUUAUAAUCUUUUAUAAAGCAUUUUUAAAUCUUCAUUUUAUAGGCUAUGUUGCCCAGUGGUAGCGCAUGUGCCUGAUGCCAAGUUUCCUUCCCCAGCACCACUACCAAAAAAAAUAACAAAAUCCAUCCCCAGGUACCAAAAAAUAAAUAAAUAAAUAACA